AUGAAAGGUAUAGAUUAUGAUAUUAUUGAAUAUUUUCAAUAUGAAAAUAAAUAAUAACUUAAUAAGGAACUUUCAUUAAAUUAAAUAGGCAGAAUUGAGUAUAUACCUAAUGAAAGAUGGAUUAAAUAAACAAUAAAUUUGAAGAAUUGCAUUCGCUUAAGAGAUUUAAUGCUUUGGAUUGUAAUUAUAAACUUAUUUUAAUAAGGAAAAAGGAUUAGUGUUAAUAUCACUAGGAUAGAUAUUGAGAUUAUGUCAAAAUCUACUUAAUAAAGUUAUAGAAUUAUAACAAAAUUAAUUAGAUCAUUGUUAUUUAACAUCUAAUAGAAUAUGGUUAAAACUUACUUAAAAUAGUAAACUACUCACUAUUGCUCAUGUAGACAUUGAAUAUUAAAUUGUAUUUACAGGCUUUUAAUGUCCAAUCUUUGAGAAUUAAUCAAAUAAAUAGUCAGCCUCUACUUCUAUUAUACAAAUAAUGAUAUAAAUAAUUAAAGUCUUUGAAACAAACUUUCAUUAGUUUAGAUACAUUUAAUAUUUGAAUUAAUAAAUUUUUCACAUUCUAUAUCAGCAAAAGGAUUUAUAUUAAGCAUAAAAUUGUAUAAGGCAAUUAUAUUAAAUAUAUAAAUCCCAUAAAAAUUAUAAUGAUUAUUGCACAGAAUUUCAAGAAAUAAAUGAAUAUCGAAAAUAAAUGGAAUAUGGGAUAUCAAAACUAUUUUCUACAAUUUUACAUUGUUUUAAUUGUCAUGAAGGUUUUUUUAAAGAGGAUAUGAUUUUAGGAUUAAUAUCAAUAAUUGGUGAAAGUAUAAAGCAGAAUACCUUAAAAAAAUUAGAAGAAAUUGAUUAUUAAAAAAUGUGUGAAAAUUAAGAAAUCUUUUGGAACAACAAGAUUAAAUCAUUAUUAACAGAUAAUACAUUAAUUAUUAUAAGAAAUUAAUUUUAAUAAAUUGAAGAGAUUACUAGGCUUGAAAUUUCAUAGGAGAAUGAAUAAAUGAUGAUUGAUCAAAUUAACAGAGAAAUAACAAAAUCUUAUAUUCUAAAAUAUUUUUUUAAUUCUAUUUGGAUUUGGACACCAAAUUAUUAAGAGUGUAAAUAACAGCUUAUAUAAAAUCUUAUGCCUAAAUUAAAAUACCUUACAAAGGAGAGAGUCGACUUACAUAUUAAAGAAAUGGCCUUUCAAUUUAUUAAUGAACUAAUUUGA